AUGCUGGCAACACUUGAGGAGUUGCUAGUGCGCUGCCGGCAUUUUGAGGAUAAGGAGUUUAGGGAAUUCAAGGGUUGGGGGGAUGGGGGAGAGCAAGGAUUAGGCCUCCGGACUUUAGAACAAGAAUGGAAUGAGACACAAAGGGAGGAGCUGUGUGGUGCAAAGGAGCUAAUUAGAGCAGUGCUUCGAUACCGGCGUAUCAUGGAAUCAGACAGCGAAAUGAUCCUGAACAUUCCUAUUAUAGACUCCAGGCGCGAGGACGAGCGGAAAAUCGAUGACAUCAUACAAGCCCUUGCACAUAAGAUAUACGAAGACCUAAGAGUCUCAUUGUCAGAUGAAAUUCAAAGUCGAGCUCGACCGUCCAUCGUUACGACAUCAGCCCAGAAAUCCGAUGACAUAUCUAUUCCUGAAGAAUUGGAAGAAGAUGAAGCAAGAAUCCUGGAAGAGGAGCGGGAGAGUUCCCUGAGGGAGGUUGAAGAAGCAGAGCACAUGAGCCCUUGCCUGCAAAGAUACUGGCGUCGCCGCAAAGAGGAGGAGAAAGAGGAACAGUUUUACACGUACCUUCUACGAAAAGGCGAUGUCCCUCCGUAUUUUCAAAACGUUUUUGGUGGUGCUAUUUGGUGGGAUGUACACAACGCCACCUGUGAAGCAGUGUCGAUUGCUGAACGACGGAAGAUGAAGUGUGUUUGUGCAGAUGAAGAUGAAAAUAGUGCCAGUGACACCGCAAAUCCCUUCAUGUGA